AAAAAAGUCAAUAUUGGUUCUUAUAAGAGGCCAGAAGGCCCAGAACAGAUAAAUUUGCGAAAUUUACCGGCAAGACAGAAAGGCUGACUUCGAGCAUACAAAAUCAAAGAAGCAAAAGAAAUCGGGAAUCAGAGAGAACAAUGAACAACACGAGCAGCAGUAACAGUCAGCAACAGCAGCAGUCAAGUGAAGCAAGGCACGAUGAUGAUGCCGCUCUCACUGAAUUCCUCGCUUCUUUAAUGGAUUACACUCCCACUAUUCCUGAUGAAUUAGUGGAGCAUUACUUGGCUAAAAGUGGGUUUCAAUGUCCUGAUGUCAGAUUGGUUAGAUUAGUAGCUGUUGCGACACAGAAGUUUGUUGCAGAUGUUGCAACUGAUGCUCUUCAGCAAUGCAAGGCACGGCCGGCACCAGUAGUUAAAGACAAAAGGGACAAGCAGCAAAAGGAAAAGCGCCUAAUUUUGACAAUGGAGGAUCUGUCGAAGGCACUGAGUGAGUAUGGUGUAAACGUGAAGCACCAGGAGUAUUUUGCUGAUAGCCCAUCGACUGGGAUGGAUCCUGCUUCAAGAGAAGAGUGAUUUGGGCUAAAUUUUUAUAAUAAGAUUGUGAACUUAGUUUUGUAUGUCAAGUCCAUAUACAUGUCUGUAUCUUCAUGAUAGCAUCACUGCUGGUGCUAGUUUAUCAUCUCUUUACCUCCUUCGGAUUUUCUGUUUCUUCCUAGCUGGUUGAUGCUAUUCAUCUUUGAUCUUUGUCCA